AUGAGCGCUUUCUCCGAAUUUUUUAAGAAGGCUCAUGAUGCUCUCAAUGGAAUUCGUGGCGUGAACUCGUUUUUCUUGGGUCGAGAUGGAGAUGUUGUUUAUUCCAAAAAUAACGUUUGUGUUCAUGAAACCGAUGCAAAAGCGGGAGAAGACGAAGCACACUGUCCCGGAUAUCUAACAGUCCAUUGCCAGUGUAAUGAAUCUAUGGGAUUGACUCUGAUCCUGCAAUGGCUACCAAAUUUGACACUUCAUAAGAAUCCACAGAGCAUUCGCAGUGUUUCUCCUCGUGGUAAACAGAAUCGAGACGAGAAUGUGCAGACACCUCCACAAAAACUAGCCGAAGAGGUGAAAAUUGCAGUGGGAUCUGAUGAAGAGAGCAGUGUUUCACUUGAUAUUCAAGUCGAGGAAUGUGGUACAGCAGUGCCGGUGAAGCAGGUGAAACGCCCAACAACUUUGGUUCCAUACUCUACACAAGAAGAUCAUAGUUUCAAUGAUGCACUCGGUGUUCCAUCAAUCAAUGUGAUCCCUCACACACCAAUCAAACAUGAGAAAGAUGGUCUGCAAAGUGCAGGGAAAUCCAGGGAUGAUCCAGAGAGACAUUCACAGUCUUCUUUAUCUACGUCUUGUGCAGAUGAGAUGUCUGAGAAGGAAUUGAGUUCUUCUGAAGAUGAAGAUGAUACAUGCGAUAAAUUAGAAACUGGGGUUGGCCUGGAAAAGAUUCUCGAGUCCACACAGAUGUUUGAUAAAACCCCUGAACAAUUUGCAUUGGAGCACGAUCUCAUGCUCACCGAUACAAAGAGUAAUGACAAUGACGAGCAAUCUCGUGGACGUAAAAAGGCAGCGGCAACUACCAGUCUCUUCUCCGUCAAUCUUGGAAAAAUGCGGAGCAUGCGUGUAUUCUACUCAAAUCCUGAAUGCACAUCCGGGCAAUUAGUGAUCGCCACUCUUGACUCACAUUACAAGAUUCUCCAUUUUCAUCAUGGUGGACUGGAUAAACUCGCCUACAUCUUUGAACAAUGGUCAUCAAUAAAGGCGCGCAGUGUGCAAGAAGGGUCUCCAUCGGCAAUUGCCGAUAAACAACUCAUAAUAUGUCAACCAGCAGUGACUAAAGUAGAGAAAGAUCCAGAAGAAGGACUGUUUGAGAAAAUUUCAUUAAACACAUGGAGGAACUAUGAAAACAAGUCAGGAGUCAUUGUAGACAGUGGAACUGUUAGGAAGCAUAUUUUCUUUGCGUCCAUGGACGUCGAGAUGCGUGAGAAAGUGUGGCCAUUCCUUCUCAGAGUCUACCCAUGGGAGUCAUCUGCAGAUCAAAGAGAGAACAUCAAGAAUGAUUUGUUCCUCGAGUAUCAAAACAUUCGAAAGAAACGUUAUCGUGUCAUCGAAAACGCUCCGUCCCGAUGGAUUUCUAUCGAGAAUUCCAUAAUUAAAGAUGUCGUCCGCACUGAUCGUAAAAAUCCGUAUUUUGCCGGGGAUAACAACCCGAAUUCUGAAAUCAUGAAAAACAUACUCAUCAACUAUGCUGUAAUGAAUCCUGAAAUUAAUUACAUUCAAGGAAUGUCUGACCUUCUUGCUCCCUUAUUGAGCACAUUGAAAGACGAAGUGGAUGCAUAUUUCUGUUUCAAGAAUUUCAUGCAACAAACUGUGUUUUCCUCAAAUCCCCAAGGCAACGAGAACCUUAUGGAAACUAAUCUCACAUAUCUUCGCAACAUGUUGAAAAUGAUGGAACCAGAUUUCUAUGCACAUCUUGAAAAACAAAAACCAGACGCAAUGCAGAUGAUGUUUGUGCAUCGCUGGAUCCUUCUCUGUUUCAAGAGAGAAUUUCCUGAAAAUCACGCUCUCCAUAUUUGGGAGUGCUGCUGGGCCCACUACCGUACCAACUAUUUCCAUCUGUUUGUUUGUGUAGCGAUAGUGUCAAUUUACGGAAAAGAUGUUAUCACACAAGAGCUACCACAUGAUGAAAUUCUUCUUUUCUUCGCGUCUCUUGCCAAUCAUAUGGAUGCUAUUCUAGUUUUGCAAAAAGCUCGUGGUCUAUUAUUCGAAUUCACAAGAAUGGAGAAAAUUCCGUGUGUUUUAGAAGGGUUGUGCUCACCAGAGCUAGAGCAAUGGAAUUCUCACAAAUCGUUCCGCAACUUCUAUUGUAAUCAAAGUCAUGCCGAUAAAGAAGCCUGCCCAUACCAGUGA